AUGGUAAGCUAUAUUAGUGUUAAUGUCAAUCAUCUAGAUGUUGGGUGUGAACAAUGUGGUAGACCAAGUACCACCAAAUGUUCACGAUGCAAAUCUGUCAGAUACUGCUCUACAAAGUGUUUGAUUACCAACUGGAGAUGGCAUAAAUAUAAUUGCAUUGCAGGAGAUGUCAAUUCAGCUCAACCAGAAACACCUACUGGAAACGUUGAAUUGCUCAAGAAUUCAAAUGAAGAGAAAGAGAAUAUUCAUUCACCUAGGCCACUCUAUUUGGAGCUUCAUCCUGUUACUACUACUAAGGAACCACAAGUGCAUAAAACUCAAUGGGAGAAACACCUUGAAGAUGAACUAGUAAAGUCUAGGAAAGAGAAUUCCGAACUUCGGUCAGAGCGUGACGAGUGGAAGAAGCGAGCGAGUUUCGCUAGAGAAAGAUUUCGAAGUUUCAAGGAAGAAUCUGAAAAACAAGUAGUUUAUCACAUAAUAACUUGCGCUUCAGCAAUUGAAUCAAUUGAGAACUUCAUGACAGCAUUUACUUGUUUGUUUCUUCUUAUAGUUGUCUGUGUUGAGAAAUGAAAAUGAGUCAAUUACAAAUGCUGAGAAGAAAGCUU